UCCAAUGACACCAGCGUGCAGAGCAAAAGCAGAGUGAUGUUUUGCUGUCUUAGUGCACUGCCAGUCCCGCUGCAGAUCUGCAUGGGGAUGUGCCUGCACCAGGAUAUCACAGAAGAGGCUAAAAAAGCAAAACUCCAGAGCUCUAAAAUAGAGCAAGACAUUUGUGAUCAUGCCAGGACUGAGGUGAACGUGGUGAAAAUCCUCAUGCUUGGAGCUGCAGAGAGUGGAAAGACAACCCUGAUCAAACAGAUCAAGAUUAUCCACAGUCAGGGCUUCUCCAAACAGGAGCUCCUCAGUUUCAAGCCUGCAGUACUGGACAACCUGCUGACCUCCAUUAAGUUUGUUCUUCUUGGAAUGGGGAUGCUGAGGAUUAACCUGGCUAACAAGAAGAACAAGAUGCGUGCUCGCUCCAUCCUGUCCUGCAGUCAGUGUUUGGGGGACGACCAGGAACUGCUUCCUUUUGUGGCGCAUGCCAUGUGUGCGCUUUGGGCCGACCAAGGGGUCCGAGCAGCCGCAGCCAGAGGUUACGAGUUUGAGCUGAACGACUCUGCACUCUAUUUCUUUGACAAUAUUGGUCGAAUCAUUGCUCCCAAGUACAUUCCCUCAGAGACUGAUGUUCUGAGAGUGAGAGUGAGGACCUGUGGGAUCAUUGAGACGCAGUUUCAACUUAAUGAAAUUAUCUUUCGGUUGUAUGAUGUCGGGGGCCAGCGGAGUGAGAGGAGGAAAUGGCUCGGCUGCUUUGACUGUAUUCAGGCGGUGCUGUUUGUCGUGGCCCUCAGCAGCUAUGAUUUGACACGGACUGAGGACCCUUCAGGGAAUCGACUGCAGGAAAGUCUCGAACUCUUUACAUCCGUCUGCACCAACACAGUCUUUAGGAGCACUUCACUGAUUCUGUUCUUGAACAAAACGGACCUUUUCCGGAAUAAGAUCCUGCACUCUGGAAGACACUUGAGAUUGUACCUUUCUAGUUACAAAGGAGCCGAUGCUGAGGUAGAUGCUGCCGCCCACCACAUCGCUGACAUGUUCUCCUCGUGUAACUGCAGUCCAGACAAACCCGUGUACCACCACUUCACCACCGCCACCGACACCACCAACAUACAGGUGGUGUUGCACAUGGUCAUAGAUCAGGUGAUGAAGCGGAAUCUAGCAGCUGUGCAGCUCCUGUAAAAGUCUCCUAGAGACUGUUUUAGAUUGUUUCCUCAUUCAGCGCUGGCAUUUUAUCAGUUUUUAACCAUCUGCAAAUUGUUGCCAAUUUUUUUUAAUAAGUUGUUUUAGCAGCAAUAAUGCUGCACUUGCCCUAAUUUAUUUUGAAAACCCUUUUAAAUACAAAUAUUUAUUGCUACGCCUGGUCCUUUGUAAUGCUGUUUAUCUCUGGUUGUGCAGCAUGUUCUCCAGUCCAGAUCAAGUGUCAUGUUCAGCAUGCACAAUUAUUCUUUAACUUAUCAGUAAGCGGUUUUUAAUUCAUGCUUUUUAAUUAACUUUGACAAAUUCAUACAUUUUAACCAUUUUUCCUGGUUUGAAUAUUACACAUGUAAUGCUUCUUAAUCAUCUAUACCUGAAUUAAUUACUAAAUGAUUCUGCAAGUUGAGCGUUUAGGAUAUAUUCGUCUCUGCAAAACUGAAGUGAUUUAGUUCUUAUUGGCAAAGGGGAAGAACAAUAAUUUUCCUGUAAUAUGUUUUGCAUUAAAAUUUCAACAAGG